AAAUAACUAGUUACACGUUCGAAAAGUAGUACCUGCUUUCUUUCAAUCUCACUUUGUCGUUUAUUUUGCUUUUCAUGAAAUUCAACAAUACAGAGAAUAGAUUUAACACAAACGAUAACAUACACACGAAGAAUAAACAAAAUUAUAUAUAUACAUAUAUGUAUAUAUAUGUAUGAAUGUAUAUAUAUAUAAAUAUAUAUAUAUGUAUAUAUAUAUAUAAACAAAAGUUUAUUUUCCACGAUAUUGUGAGAAACUUCUUAAAAAAAUAUUGUAUUUAAACGUUCGAAGGAAAUAUAAAGUGUUCGUUUGUAUCAUCGUUAAUGUGUCAUAUGAUAUUGAAAUAUUAAAUAAGAUGGAUUCGGCAGGUAUAAGUGUAAAGGUAUUUCAAGAUAAUAAAAAUAUUUACGAAAAUUAUUCCAAAUAUUCGAACGUGAAUGAUUUGAAUGACGUAAUUUGUAAUAUACGUAACAUGCAAGGGAAGAUCAAUGAUUUCUUAACUCAACUUUUACGAGAGAAUACAUCGACCGAUAAGAAAAGUAAUAAUUUAUAUUAUUAAAAAUCACAUGGCCGUGUCGGAUACGGAUUCAAACUCAACCGAUGAAGAUGUUGAAGUCGGGCCAAAGAAAUAAUGAAAUAUGUCUACAAUACUAUCAAAUGAAUCCCAAAUGAGAUAUGUGGUAGAAUGGUUCAGGGAAUGGUCAGAAAUGCAGAGAGGAGAUUUUUUAGAAAUAUUAUUGGAACAAUGUGGUUCUCCUGGUUUAGUCAAUGGAUUAGUACCUGGAAUGGAAAAUAUGAGUUGUAAAGAAGGUUCGGAUAGACCACCAAGCUUAUUUCAAUGUCGUGUGAAAUUAUUCAGAGAGUGGAGUCAAAAUUGGUCACAACAAGAAAAAGAUUCCUUGCUAGCUUCGAUUAAAAGUAUCGAUGGGAAAUUUGCUGGGAAUUAUGAACAAAGGUUAUCCGCAUUAAUGGAAGAAAAUUAAAAUAUAUGGAUUGAUGUCGAGUUAAAUUAAUUUCAUAUAUUAAACAUGUAGAAACUAAAAUUUGAUAUUCAAAGAAAUGAGAGAUCUUAUUUAUAAGUUAUUAUAGAAUAAUCAUUGAAAUUUUAAUAAUGAGCUAAUAUGAUUAAAUGUCAAUGAUGAAGGAAAAAUUUGUCUGAAAAUUUUUCUUUUUAAAUUUUUAUAAACGAUCGUCCAUAAUCCUCGCAUUGAAUUAUAUAUACAAUAGAAAUAUAUUAUUAUUCAUGCUUUUAUACAUGAAUUUAACAUGUUUUCAAAAAACAAAUUUUCAUGGUUAGCACAUUUUUAAAUAAAUUGCAACUGUUGUUUCUUUAUCAUAAGAAUAUUUAUAAACAAUCUAUGUAUGUGAGAGUUACAAAAGAUAUUGUUGUAUCAGCAAUUAAUGAUAAUAAUUUUUAAUUUAAA